AUGGCUGAAACUGUCGCGCCUCUUCGCAUUUUGGAGCCUCCCAUGACUCUCCCUCCUCGAUCUUACAUUGUGCUGGCGGAUAACAUUGUGGCAGAAAAGAGCGCUGAAUCUGAUGUCUUAGUGGCUGGCGACUUCGAUCCCAGAAACCCGAAAGUAGAGCAAGCUUUUCAUAUUUUCCCAGAUGGGAAGAUUUGUCAUUCGGACGGAAAGUUUACGGCUCCUCAGGCCGGCAUGGAUAAUCAUGGUAUAGAACUUGUAGAUGCAAGCAGGGCGUUUCGAUGGAGAAUCCUCUGGUCAGCUGCUGGUUGCCGCAUUCACCAUACAAACGGGAAAGCUUGGACUUUCACGCAGGGACACACCCGAAUCGAAGUUAAGGGUAGGGUUCCUCGAGAGGGACAGUUAGUUAGCUUUAUUGCGAAGACGUCUCAACCAGCGGCGCCAUCGUCUACUAGUACUAGUACGGACUCUGAUGGCGAUGAUGACCCAGGGCCCAUAUAUCCUCAAGCUGCCGACAAGAUCAUCGUUACGGGUGUUCGAUCUGGCCCUCUAUUUCCCGCGGAACCCGGUCCACAGCUCCCAUCAGGGGACACAUUAAGACCGCGACCGAUCCCCGCCCGACUCGAGAUCCGCGAAUUCAUUAAGAACGAGAAAAUGUUCUCCCUCUAUGUGCAAGCACUGAAAAAAUUGCAAAAGACACCGGAAGAUAAGAUGGCGUCAUACUACCAAGUUUGUGGGCUUCAUGGUCUCCCUCUCGUGCCCUGGAAUCAGUCCGGAGGCGAGGGCGUAUACUGCAGACAUGCCUCACCUCUAUUCCCAACUUGGCAUAGAGCGUACGUCGUGCUCUUUGAACAACUCAUCCAUGAACACGCUCUAGAAAUUGCGCAGAAAUACAGAGAGGAAGGGGAUAAAUGGCUGAACGCUGCAACGGAUCUCCGCCAACCAUUCUGGGACUGGGCGAGGGAUGGCGGAGCUGUGCCCCCUGAAUUGCUGCUCAGUCGUCAGACUGUGCGUAUCAUCACGCCAGCGGGGCCAAGACAUGUAGAGAACCCCUUCCUUUACUACGCAUUCAGAACCGGUUACAGGUCGACGGGAACGUUCCCCACAGAACAUAAAGAGUGGACGAGAACCAUCAGGCAUCCCUACAGCGAUACGCCCAACAAAGAUAUUAGAGACCGCAUGGCUAAGGCGCAAAAGCAACUCACUGAACAAACAUACAAAUUGUUUCAUAUUAACAAUUGGGAGGACUUUAGCAAUAAAGGGCAAACCGACCUCGGUGCCACCAACAGUUUGGAGGCUAUACAUGACUCCAUUCACCUUCAUGUCGGACGCCUCGGACAUUUUGCCGGUCCGUGUGGAGCCUUUGACCCAAUGUUCUACCUGCAUCAUUCUCAGAUCGAUCGACUGUUGUCUCUGUGGAAAACACUGCAUGAAGACCAAUGGGUUCACCUUACUCCGUUCUGGAAUUCAGAACGUUCGUACUGGAGUUCGGACUUGAUGCAUUCUCACGAAGUCUUCAAUUAUACCUACCCUGAGUAUCAGGGCGCAGCUGAGGGGGAUCUACAAGUUCACAUUCGAAAUAAGGUUGACUCAUUGUACGCCACCUCAACUGUACAACUCUUCAAGGGCAUUAGUCAAAACUCUUCCCUUACCUCGUGGUCUAUACGUUUCCGAAUCAAGCCGUUCGCUAUUGAUCAAAGCUUCUCUGUCGUUGUUUUCCUCAAUCAAUUACCAAAAGACCCCCAAUCUUGGUUUACAAGCAAGGACCUUGUGGGGACCUAUGACGUUUUCGUCACCUAUUUGCCGAAAGAUUGUGAGAAUUGUCGUUCUCAUGAGAACAUCCCUAUUCAGGGCUUCGUGGACCUUACAUCCGCUGUUCGAAACCUGAGUCCAGAUAUGGUGGAAGACUAUCUGCGAGAAGGCUUGCAUCUUGGUCUCCAAAGGGUGGAUGGUACCUUGGUGGAUUUGGGCGAGCCGGGUAAACGGACCGAACUGGGGUUCAACGCAGAAGUCGUGUCAAGAGUCGUUACUCUCGAACCGACGUCUGAGGAUCACUUCGACUUCAGGAUUGGAAAAGGUAAAUAUCGCAACAUCGAGAUCAAGUCUGGAGAUCUCUUCUUCCCAAAACUUUAA